UUGAUUUUUAUAUGUCCAUUCUCUUUAGUUUCCUGAAAAAAAUCAAAUUAUAAGCCUAUACAAGUACUCUUAUAACAAAACAUUAAUGCCAUCUUCGAUUGUUCUAAAAUUUAUAACUACAACCAAAACUUAUUUCAACGAAAUAAUAUUUAGAACGUCCAAUUGCUAAACACUGCGUGUAUAAAUUAAAAGGAUACUGAAAUAUAUUAAAUUUAAAAUUUGGAAGGAAAUGGUAAAAUGAAAUGCAAGAACAAAUAAGGACGCUUGGUGGCGCUGCAGGCUAAGAGUGUGAAAUAUGGGCUCUGCAGACGCCCAGGACGCCAUCUCAUCAAACUGAGAACCAGAACUUUGGCAGUUGUUUGAAGAAGAAGGUAAUAAGGAAGGUUUCUGGGAGAAUUUGGGAAGAAGGUGCCUCUCUAAUCGGAUUUAGUUCAAUAUUUUGAUGAACCCACAGUGGAUUAUUAUCGACUAGAAGAAGCAGCACCCUCCGGACUGCAUCUGAACAAUGGAGACAGCUCUAGCAAAAACGCCAGAGAAAAGGCAAGUGGUUUUUCUUACUAUAUUGCUGCUUUUGUGGGAGGCUGAUUCUGAGACAAUUAGAUAUUCCAUGCCAGAAGAAACGGACAGUGGCUACUUGGUGGCUAACCUGGCAAAAGAUCUGGGGCUCAGGGUGGGGGAACUGGCCACCAGAGGGGCGCAAAUCCAUUCCAAAGGAAACAAAGAGCUCUUGCAGCUGGAUGCAGAGACCGGGAAUUUGUUCUUAAAGGAAAAACUAGACCGCGAGGUGCUGUGUGGGGUGACAGACCCCUGUGUGCUACACUUCCAGCUCAUUCUGGAAAACCCCGUGCAGUUCUUCCAAACUGACCUGCAGAUCACAGACAUAAAUGACCACUCUCCAGAAUUCCAUCACAGGGAAAUGCUCCUAAAAAUCCCUGAGAGCGCCCAUCCAGGGGCUGUGUUUCCUCUGAACGCAGCUCAGGACUCUGACAUAGGGAGCAAUGCUGUCCAGAACUACACAGUCAGCCCCAGCCUCCAUUUCCAUGUGAUUACUCAGAGUCGUGCUGAUGGCAGGAAAUACCCAGAGCUGGUGCUGGACAGAGCCCUGGACAGGGAGGAGCAGCCUGAGCUCACUUUAACCCUCACUGCUGUGGAUGGCGGGUCUCCGCCCAAAUCUGGGUCUACUACAGUUCGCAUUGAAGUCGUGGACAUCAAUGAUAACGCCCCCCAGUUUGUGCAGUCGCUCUAUGAGGUUCAGGUCCCUGAGAACAGCCCCCUCCAUGCCUUAGUUGUCACAGUCUUUGCCAGGGAUUUAGAUGAGGGACCUUACGGGAAUGUAGCCUACUCUCUGUUUCAAGGUGAUGCAGCUUCUCAACCAUUUGUAAUAGACGAAAUCACGGGAGAAAUUCGUCUGAGUGAUGAGCUGGAUUUUGAGGUAAAUAGCCAUUAUAACAUAGAAAUCGCAGCCACGGAUGGAGGAGGCCUUUUGGGGAAAUGCACUGUGGCUGUACAGGUGUUGGAUGUGAAUGACAACGCCCCAGAACUGACUAUCAGAAAGCUCACAAUUCCUAUCCCAGAAAACUCCCCAGAGACUGUAGUUGCUGUUUUCAGUGUUUCUGAUUCAGAUUCUGGAGACAAUGGAAGGAUGGUGUGUUCUAUUCCGGACCAUCUCCCGUUUCUCUUAAAACCCACUUUCAAGAACUAUUACACUUUAAUGACAGAGGGCCCACUUGACAGAGAGAGCAGAGCUGAGUACAACAUCACCAUCACAGUCACUGACAAGGGCACACCCACGCUCACAACCCAGCACACCAUAACAAUGCAGGUGUCUGACGUCAACGACAAUGCUCCCACCUUCACCCAAACCUCCUACACCCUGUUUGUCCAGGAGAACAACAGCCCCGCCCUGCACAUAGGCACCAUCAGCGCCACAGACUCAGACUCAGGCUCCAAUGCCCACAUCACAUACUCGCUGCUGCCCACCCAAGACCCGCAGCUGGCCCUCGACUCGCUCAUAUCCAUCAACGCCGACAAUGGACAACUGUUCGCGCUCAGGGCGCUGGACUAUGAGGCCCUGCAGACCUUCGAGUUCCAUGUGGGCGCCACAGACCAAGGCUCUCCUGCACUCAGCAGCCAGGCGCUGGUGCGAGUGCUGGUGCUGGACGCCAACGACAAUGCCCCCUUCGUGCUCUACCCGCUGCAGAACGCCUCUGCACCCUGCACAGAGCUGCUGCCCAGGGCGGCAGAGCCUGGAUACCUGGUCACCAAGGUGGUGGCAGUGGACCGCGACUCUGGACAGAAUGCCUGGCUGUCCUUCCAGCUGCUCAAGGCCACGGAGCCCGGGCUGUUCAGCGUGUGGGCUCACAAUGGCGAGGUGCGCACCUCCAGGCUGCUGAGUGAGCGCGAUGCUCCCAAGCACAGGCUGCUGCUGCUGGUCAAGGACAAUGGCGAUCCUCCAAGGUCUGCCAGUGUCACUCUGCAUGUGCUGCUGGUGGAUGGCUUCUCUCAGCCCUACCUGCCUCUGCCAGAGGUGGCGCGAGAUCCCGCCCAGGAUGAUGAUGUGCUCACACUGUACCUGGUCAUUGCCUUGGCUUCUGUGUCUUCCAUCUUCCUCUUGUCUGUGCUGCUGUUCGUGGGGGUGAGGUUGUGCAGGAGGGCCAGGGCGACCUCUCUGAGUGGCUUCUCUUUGCCUGAGGGACACUUUCCUGACCACCUGAUAGAUGUCAGUGGCACUGGGACUGUCCAGAGCUACCAGUAUGAGGUGUGUCUGAGAGGAGGUACUGGAACAAAUGAGUUCAAGUUUGUUAAACCUUUGUUUCCCAACGUUGAGACCCAGGCUGGUGCUGAAAGUGAAAACGCUGUUGUGCGCAAUAGCUUUGGAUUCUAUUAGAGCGAUUAUUUUGUAGUGAUUUUUACCUCAUUUAACGUUAACUAACCCUGAUGUAGAGUGCAGUGAAUCAUCUUGAGAUAUAUGUUUAAUUUAUCUCUUGCUUUGGAUUUGUUUAUUCAAAUUUCAUUAUAGAAAGUUUGAAUCUACUUCGUGUUUGUUUAUAUUUCUAUGCUUUACCAAUGCAUCCAAUGCAUGCUGAGUUGUUUUUUUUUUUAAUCUAUUUUUGCUGGUUCUUAGAACUUGUUUUUCUGUACCAAAUUGGAACUUCUUUCAUUGUUAGUGACGCCUUAUUUUGUCUGGUUAUUUGAGGUAGGGUCUUUGUAGCCUUAGCUGAUCUGGAAUGGCUGAGUACAGAUUGACUGAAAAUUUGUGGCGAUCCAUCUGCUUCUGUUGCCUAAAGUGCUGGGAUUAUGAACAUGCACCAACAGGCUUAGCGGUGGUGAAGUUUGCCUUGAUAAAGAUCAAAUACUAGUUGCGUUUUCCAAGUAUUGUUGCAGUCUUCUUUACUGUCUUCUUGAAAAUUCAAACUGCUUUACAGUAUUCUCUUUAGGUCAUUGUUGAUGAAAUAAAUAAUGUUGCAAACCUUCUCUAAGAAAACAUGGUACAAUGGAACACUCUUCUAUGGACAGUUGUUCUUUUGUCCAGUCUUGAUCCCUGUGGUUAAAAAAAAAAAAUUAACCCUUAAUGUUCAGUUAAAUAUAUUUUCACAAGGUAAGAACACAUCCUGCCAUCAGUGCCGGGUGAAAAUAAAGCAUCACUAACAUCCCAAGUGCCACAUAAACGAUGCUUUACCACCACUAUUGGCCCAUGUAUAGCAAAUACGCUGACUUCCAAUUCUGUAAUCUUGCCACUUUGGAGUUUAUGUAAAUUCCUUGUAGGGUACCAGCUGCUUUGUGUUACAUUUCUUUCUCUCUAUAUUGUGUUUAUAAAAUGUGUGCAUAACACUGCUUUAAUGUUAUUUCAUUAUUAUUAUUGACAUAAAUUAUUCUGGUUGAGAAUUCCACAAUCUAUUACUAAAUUAUUCAUUUGUCAGUAUAAGAUUUGGUUGUUUUAAAUAAUAUUAUGAAUACUCUUACAUACAUACUUUGACUAGAUGUAUAUUUGCAUUUGUGAUGGAAAUCCACUUCUUGGGGCUAUAACUAAACUUUCAGUAGAUAUUUCCAACUGGGUUUCCAAAUUGGUUGAACCAACUUACACUACAAAUAGCAAUAUUUUCAUUUACAACUUUGUCUACAUUCUUUCCAAAACCUGUUCUCAUUGGCAACCACUGGUGUGUGUGUGUGUGUGUGUGUGUGUGUGUGUGUGUGUGUGUGUUCAAUGCAGGCAUGUUUGGACCAAUACAUUUGUGGAGGUCAGAAAACAACUUUGGGAUAGUCUUCCACCCUAUUUCAGACAUAGUUACUUUUCAUCUGCACACACCAGCCUAGCUGGUCCCAGAGCUUCAAGGGAUUCUCUUGUGUCUUCCUCCCAUCUCCCUAAAGGAGAACUUGGAAAUAUAGAUGUUUCUGACAUGAGUGUCUAGUCCUUAUGUGAGUUCUGGGGACUUGAACCAAAGUCUUCAUGUUUGUGCAAGCAGGUGUUUUUACACCAUCACAGCAUCUCCCAAGCUCAAAAGUACUUUAACCCUUUUUAAAAAUGUUAACCAACUUGUUUAUUACUAAGAAAUGUUUUUAACUAUUAUCAGCUGAAUUGUUAGCACCCUCAAAGUUUAUAUAUUUAAGCCCUGGUACCUACUACCAUGAAAGCUGGUGCUAUUACAUAGGUCUUUUUCUUUUCUUUUUGAGGGGUGAUCUCACCACAUAGUCCUGGAAGACGUGAAACUCAUUCUGUAGACCAGGCUGGCCUUGAACUCACAGAG